AUGAGUCGCAAUCAAGAGCACGAUGAAAGUGGCAGUAAUGCUCCUCCAGAGCAUAUUACGCAGAUCCUCUGUCGUCAGGACAUAGAAGAAGUAGAACGUGCGCAGCGGGAUACUGCUCUGAGAUUUGAGAAGACAGGAGAAAUGGUUCACAACGCUAAUCUGAUCGUCGGAAACCACUACGCAAUUCUAGCAGAACGCCUAAACGACCACACUGCUGUUGUUCUCAGUCUCAAGACUGACAUGGACGCCACUUACGAACGGCUCAAAGUUAUCAAACGGAAGAUGGCCGCAAAGCAUCCAGAGCUGAUAAAAAAGGCUGAAGAGGAAAUAAUAAAAGCAAUGCCCCCUCAUGAUGAUUUUUAG